AUGAUCAAGUGCCGUAUGAAAUGGGUAAUCGCAAUAUUAUUUAUUAUUUGGUCGGCUACACUGAUUUAUUUAGUAUAUUUUAGUUUUUCGGAAUCCGCAUCGUUUUCAAUUCAUGAUAUUAGUGGACGAAAAAAAGCGGAGAAAUUUGUCUCUAUCGAUCCUUCUCUGGCGUUUAAGAUAACAUUGAACGAUGCAAUAAUAUAUCCGAUUUCAAAAGAUUCAGUAGAUUGGCAAGAUUUCGAUCACAAUGAAUAUUUAAAAAAAGGAGCGUUGAAAGCUGGCGAAGAUCGAUAUUCUGCUAAUAAAUUUAAUCAAGCAGCUAGUGAUGCUGUUAGAUGGGAUCGAGAAAUUGCUGAUUCUCGUGAACCAAAAUGUCGCUCUAUCAAUUAUCCAGACUCUUUGCCGGCCACAUCCAUCAUUAUCACUUAUCAUAAUGAAGCACGUUCUACGCUAUUGCGAACUAUAAUUAGUGCGCUUAAUAGGUCUCCACCUGAAUUGCUACAGGAAAUUAUUCUCGUUGAUGAUUUUUCUGCUGACGAUACUAUUGGGAAAGAUCUUACAAAAAUCAAGAAGUUGGUGGUCAUUAGGAACACCAAAAGGGAAGGUUUGAUUCGAUCACGCGUGAAAGGAGCUAGCAUCGCUCGUGCACCUGUAUUAACCUUCCUGGAUAGCCAUUGUGAGUGUAAUGUCAAGUGGCUUGAGCCACUUUUGCAACGAGUUCAAGAAAAUCCAAAAGCAGUCGUUGCACCUGUAAUCGAUGUAAUUAAUCUAGACACUUUUAAUUAUAUUGCUGCAAGCGCUGAUUUGCGAGGAGGUUUUGAGUGGAAUCUUGUUUUCAAAUGGGAAUAUCUUUCUCCAAAAAUGCGCGAUUUCCGUCGUUCGCAUCCAGAUGCACCAAUAAAGUCUCCAGUUAUGGCAGGCGGUCUUUUUAUGAUUGACAAGCAGUGGUUUAUAACUCUGGGGACUUAUGAUGAACAAAUGGACGUAUGGGGUGGAGAAAAUCUCGGCUGUGUGAUUGCUUAUUUUCUAGAAAUGUCUUUUCGUGUUUGGCAGUGUGGAGGAUCAUUGGAAAUAAUCCCAUGCAGCAGAGUUGGGCAUGUUUUUCGAAAGCAGCAUCCCUAUACUUUCCCCGGCGGAAGUGGCAAUGUUUUUCAAAGAAAUACGAGGAGAGCAGCUGAAGUGUGGCUUGAUGAUUAUAAAAAUCUUUAUUUAAAGCAAGUGCCAUCUGCUCGCUACGUCAAUUUCGGAGAUAUUUCUUCUCGCCUUGAGCUGAAGGCUAAGAUGAAGUGCAAAAAUUUCGACUGGUAUCUGAAAGAAGUAUAUCCAGAGCUAAAAGUUCCAAUUCAAGAAGAUGGGAGAUACUUGUCUUUUAAUCAGGGAAAUUAUUGCAUCGAUUCUUUGGGUAGACAAGAUGUGCAUUCUAUAGUUGGCGUUUUUCAAUGUCAUGGAACUGGUGGGAACCAGGAGUGGAUUUAUGUUAUCAAGAGCGGUUAUUUAAAAAAUCCGUUUGUGAAGUUGUGUUUGAACGCUAAUGUUAAUGGAGUUAUUAUAAUGGAUGAUUGCAAAAAAGUGACUGAAAAAUGGACACUUGAUGAAAAGAAUGGUCUAUUGAUGCAGAGUGGUUUAUGUGUAGCUCUUAUACCAAGGUCUAAAUUUAAUGUACAAAAGGAAGAAAUUUUGCUGUCAUUAAUGCCUUGUGAUUUAAGCGAUCGAAGGCAACGCUGGGUUUUCCAGAAUUCGCCAAAAUUUUAG